AGGGAUCACAAAGUCAAUAAAAAACACAAGGGGUGACCAGAAACAUUAUCUUUAAAACUCCACAAGUUCAUCUUGCCAAAAACACUCUAGCAGCUAAGCAAGCUCCACCAUUGCAGACAUUACUCACUUAUCCAUGUCGACCUCCAGCUAUGAUCGAGCAAGUGAGAUCAAGGCUUUUGAUGAGACAAAAGCCGGAGUCAAAGGCCUUGUCGAUGCCGGUAUCACCAAAGUUCCCCGCUUCUUCAUUCAUCCGACUGAAACAAUGUCCAAUUCUACUACUGAGUUGAAGAUUCCAGUUAUUGAUAUGAAAAACAUCAAUACGAGAAAAAAAGAAAUAGUCGAGAAGGUAAAAGAGGCUUCGGAGACAAUCGGUUUUUUCCAAGUGGCUAACCAUGGAGUGCCCAACAAGGUGAUGGAUGAGAUGCUCGAUGCAAUAAAGAGGUUCAUAGAGGAUGAUGAGGAGGUGAAGAAAAAUUACUACACUAGAGAUCACAAACGAAACGUGGUCUUCAAUUGCAACUUCCAUCUUUACAGUUCCCCGGCAGCGAAUUGGCGUGAUACUUUAAUUCUUCGUAUGGCUCCUGAUCCUCCUGAAAAGGAAGAGGUACCGCAUGCUUUCCGGGAAAUAGCAUUUGAGUAUUCAUUUCACAUGAAAAAUUUGGGCAAGGUUCUAUUUGAGCUGAUAUCAGAAGCUCUUGGACUGAAGCCUGAUCACUUGAAAGAGAUGGAAUGUUCUCAGGGAAUUGGUGUUGCUUGCCAUUACUACCCACCCUGUCCAGAGCCCCACCUUGCACUUGGAACCAGUAAACACUCUGAUCCGGGCUUCCUUACUAUUCUUUUGCAAGAUAAAUCAAUAGGCGGCUUGCAAAUACUUCAUAAGAAUAAAUGGGUUGAUGUUCCUCCCUCUCCUGGAUGCCUGAUCAUCAACAUAGCUGAUCUCUUGCAGCUGAUCUCAAAUGACAAGUUGAAGAGUGUUGAGCAUAGAGUGCUUGCAAGCAAAGAAGGGCCAAGGCUUUCGGUGGCAUGCUUUUUUCUUAACCAUUAUAGUCCUUCAUCAAGGGUUUAUGGUCCUAUCAUGGAGUUACUUGCUAAUGGAAGUGCACCUGUCUAUAGAGAAGUUGUCAUAGAUGAGUUCAACAAACAUUACAAUUCUAAAGGCCUUGAUGGGAAGUCUGCACUUGAUCAUUUCAAGCUAUAAAACUUUGUUAUUUAGUUGUUAUUGCAUUUCUUUCGACGAUAGUUAUUCCAAGAAAUUUACUCUUGUAUGUUUAGUGAAGUGGUUAGUUUGAGUUUGAACAAUUUGUGAGAAAGAGCUUAUAUUUGAACAAUGACAAAUAAGAAAUGAGGACCAUGCAUGAAGCUAGCCACUAAAUUAGAUCUUCUUCAGGGUAAUGUUACUUUUUGGACCUCAUGCCCCUGUCUAGGGGCUAUGUCUCUUUCAUUUUUUAUAUUCAAUUUACAUUGUGUGUCCCAUUUUGU